AUGCAAGGCAGACUAUCUACCAUCAAUUUCCAGACCAUUUUGGACGAGGCAGAGACCUUCUUCCGGGGCCUCGAUCUAGAUGCUAUCCAAUAUCCCACACCACAUUCCGAAUGGAGACAACUUGCGGAGGCCUACCGGCAUGCUUGUCUGCUGAGGACCAUACGAUGGCCUAACACAUUCGCCAUCUCCUGUGAGGACUCGAGAAUUAAAUCAUCAGUAUCGGCGAUUUUGGAUUGCUGUGCAAAUGUUGCGAUGGGAUCACCAUUUUACAAGCGGUUAUUAUUCCCUCUCUUUCUCGCAGCAACCGAGACCUCUGAAAGUCAUCAAAUACAUUAUGCUAGUCUUUGUAUCGAAAACAUUCGGCGUUCCACGGGAUUUCAACAUAAAGCCAUGAUGGAAGUUCUUGACGGGGUAUGGGAGGAAAGAAGACUGAAGACUCGAGGAUGGACCAAUGUUCCCUGGAUGGAAUUUACUUGCUCUGAGAGUAUUCAGCAACAACAUGCCUACCUUUUCUUCUAA